UUCUCCUUCGCGGAAUCUUCCUUAUUCGAAUCGAUAGAAAAGGGAAGAAUCUGCCGAUUCUCUGUCUGCGAAGCUCUUUGCGCCUCCGAUUUGCUUCUUCGGUUGAAAGGGUUCGUUUGCUCACUUCCGUUUCCUGACGCGUUUUCCUUUUCCGUGCAUUAGUCGGCUGAUUAGGGUCUUCUGGUUUCAUAAUUUCAAUAGGGGAAUAUAGUUCAUAAUGAGCACCCAAACAGUCAGGGGACCUGCUGUCAGAAGUGGUCGUAGGAGGAAGACAGUUUUGAACUUGGACCUGAACUGUUUCCCGCCAAGUGAGAAUCAGGAACAGGGGGGGCCUUCAACUCAAUUGGUGCCUCGAGAGGUUCAAGCAGGCCAACAACUGCCAGUUGCACAACCUGUGAUGAUUGAUGUGGAGGCUAUUGAAGAUGAUGAUGUUGUUGAAUCCAGUCCCAGAGCUUUUGCUGAGGCUAAAAACAAUUUUAGAAGAAAUCGUAGGAGGACUAUAGUUGAUGUGGAUUUAGAGGAGCGGACAGGAGGGAUCAAUAAUGAUCGCAACAAACGCAAAAGAAGUUCAUCAAACCGAACAAUUAUUAACUGCGAUCUUUAUGUAAACCUGGAAGCAAGUAACAGUUCAAUGACGGAAAACAUAAGAAUGCCACCAGAACCUCCAAAGGAUCCUGUCUUUAACUGCCCAAUAUGUAUGGGCCCACUAGUAGAAGAAAUGUCAACAAGAUGUGGUCAUAUUUUUUGCAAUAAUUGCAUUAGGGCUGCCAUAAAAGUGCAAAGUAAAUGCCCCACCUGCAGGAAAAAGGUUACUGUGAAGGAGCUUAGAAGGGUCUUCCUGCCAGCAACUGGUUGAAGGUAUAGCCAGAACCAUUGAUUAUAUAAAUCGGUCGAAGUGCUUCCUUGUUUUCUGACUUUGUAGGCGUAACAAGUAUUAGAUUUGAAUAAUGCUCUACUACAACCUGCUGACUUUCAGCGCAAGUGAUGAAAUGUUAGUGUAAAUUAUAUGAAUUCAAUUUUUCAAGUUUCCAGUAAUAUAUAAACGGAAUAUGUACUAUUCAUUAUACCAUCAAGGGCUGAUUUUUGAAAUAGGGUGCUUAAUCAGGAUAUGUCAGUGCUCUUCAUACUGUUGUACUUCACAAGCUGGGGAUUGUCUUCCUCAUUUCUGAAUCUGAAUUUCUUGUUGAUAGU